AUGAUGUGCUACGGCUAUGCUAUGCCGUGCGGUCACACCGUAACUGGCCAUUUUGGCCCUUCGGAUUCGGCUCGCCCCCCGCUCGAGAGCGCAACGGCUCCAGGGCGGCUCCGAGGACGUGUGCAUGGAGAGAUCCAGGUCGAGGCCGCGGCCGCGGCCGAGCUGGCGCUGGGCGCGGUGGCCGCGCAGCUGGGCGCGCCAGAGGCGGGCGGGCCAGCCGACGAGCCUCAGCAGAAGAGGUUGAGGGUGCCAGUGCUGGAGGAUUAUGGUGCUGAUACUGUUCGCCGCCUCUUGCAGGGCGAUGUGUUCCCAGGCGCGCCGAGCCCGCUAUUGCCCCUGUUCGAAUCGUGGCUGUGUGCGUCUCGCAAGGGCGAGUGUCAGAUUGACGGCAACACCAUGCGGCUAUUGAAUAGCCGUCUGAAUCCUGAGUGCUCAACUGCUGUCAUGUCCCUUGCCCACCUGGGGGACAAAUUCGGCACAGAACGCCACGAGAUCAAAAAUCGGAUGAUGGACGCUGCAUCCAUUGCCAUACUCUCCAAUCGAGCGGAGCGCCGAGCCUUGGAGCUCGCACUUACCAGCAGCGAUGUGCCAGGCGACCCCGUGCAGAUACAACCGAUGCACUACGCCGAGUUCCUCAUGUACGACGAGUCGCCGCACACGCUGAAGUUUGUUGAUUUCAUUCGCGGUGGAGGUCGGCACCGCAUGCUGGAGUCAAUCGCGUUGGCGCUGCCUGAUGCCGUGCAGGGCGACGCGCUUGUCGGGCAGCUGCCAUCACAGCUUGCUGCUAUGAGUGCGUCCGAGGUUGGCCCGAUGAAGCUGCUCCAGAUCAGGACAGAGUUUUCGAUGCUGCUGCGCGUUAUCGACCACAGGCGGGGCGGGGCCGUUUCAUGGUGCAUGCUGUCGGGGGAGCAGCCCAACCGCCUGCAAGCGAUCGACCGCUGCACUGCCGAGAACUGCAGGCGGAUGUUCAAGACCGUGGUCCGACCGCUGAUCGAACCUGUCUUUGGAGAGUGUCCUGCGGAUGCGGCUCUGUACCGCAUGAGGUGCAUCAGGCUGUUCACCACCAGCCUGCAGAACUCUGUCCCGAAGCUCGUUGCGAGGCACAUGUUUCCGAAUGGCGACUGGCGGCGGCGAGAUAUAAUACCGAUUUACCUUGCUGGCGAGGAGGCCGACUACACGCCUGCCCAGAUUGAUUCGCAUAAGACACUCGUCGUGGAGGGCCUGUGUUACGCCUUUUGCAGCCGUGCCCCUGACAACUUUGCUGAGCACCAUUGGACUGGCCACACGGAGUGCACGUGCGCCUUCGGGAUGUUGGAGGUUUGCAAUGGCAUACUUGCCCACGUGUACCCUGCCUGGGCGCGCAGCAAGGGGACGCGGCCUCGCAGGCCUGUCGCCGCGGCUGGCGAAGUCGCCGCGGCCGCGGCGCCAGUGCCAGGUGGCGGAGCAGCGGUUGUCCCAUUUGUCGCCCCCGAGGUUGGGCCCGCUGCCCGCGACGGCGGGCGGAACCCGAUCGAUGCGGCGGAGGAGCAGAAUUCUGCAGACAGGCGCAUCGCCUGCGACUGGAUUCUGUCUGACCCGCUGUUCGACUUACUGCUCAUGAGAAUGGCCCUCACAGUCUUGGCGCCGCUGGACCACGUUGGUCUCACGAUGUCAGGCGAAGCUUGGGAGCGUGAGCAGCGGCACAAGGUCGCUGCGGCGCUGUCUGCGGGGCAGUCGAUGGCGGCGGCAAUGGCGGGCAGGCAGUAUCGGAUCAGCGUUGCCGCCGAGGGUGCCGCAGAGAUGAGUGCCUUCAGAAAGCUACGCUACCUGUACGAUGAGGAUGAGUUUUGGACGAUCGUGCCGAUCAAGUACUUCGACGAUGCCAACGUGACCAAGGUGUUUAGGUUGUUCAGCCGCCUUGGUGCCCUGAUCGAGGAGCUGUGGGCCGCUCCCAACCGUUCCAAGGACGUCCAGUUGUUCAGGCUGGUGCAUGACCCUAGUCGACUCGCCCAAGUUCGAGCUGGCCGAGUCCGAGACUAUUGCUUGUACGGGGCCUUCGGCAGGAAGUUCUUGGAGGAUAACUUGGACUGUGGCGACCAGUCCGAGAUUAUUGUGAGACUAGCGUUUCUAGCAUCGUGCAUUCGUACGUCGAUGGCUCCAGUGGAGGCUGGCUGGGCGUUCGUCCGUCGAUUAUGCAAGAAGCUCGGCUGCCAGACACAUCAACAAGAGCUUGGCUACAUAUCCGCUCAAUGGGUGUUAAGUCGAUUCCGAGCGAUGCUGGAGCACGAUCACACGUUGGCUGAGAAGUUCGUGCUCCCUGAGAACCUUCGCAUCCAGUGCGACGCUGCCGACGACCCUGGUGAAGAUGGUGACGCAUCGCCGUCGGCUGCUGGCUGGAGCGGGCCUUGGAGGGCUUUCGUCGCCGAGAGCGACAUCGGCCUGUUCCGCGAUUUCGGCAGCUUGGGGGAGAGGUACAGGGACGUCAAAGCGAACGACCCCGUUCGCUUUGCACAAUUGCAGGCUGCUGGGGCGCAGGGCGCGGAGAGGCGCCGCGCUGGCGAGCGCCCGUUCGGGCCCAUCAGGAGGGACGUUGUCAGGGCCGCUCAUAGAGAGCAGCAGCAGGCUCGCUGCCAACGUAUCAGUGACAUGAUAUCGAACCCGAUGGGUGGGGGCAUGGGGGACGACGACGAGGUAGACCAGAAGACGAGCCUGGCCGAGGCGAUCGUCGAGGGGGGCGCUACCUUGGAUACCUCCCUGCAAUCGGCUCGGGCAGACGCGAAGUGGUUCGGCAAGUUGAAGGCUGCGGAGCAUAGACAGCUCACAUCGGAUCUGCUGGAUUACAGUUCUCGGAACUCGCGCGACCUGGUGCAGAACGUGUUUGGGACGUCUCCUCUGAUGGCCCCAUUGCUGCACCAACUGGGCGCGGUGCCUGUGCCCAUGGAGAGGUUUUCGCACUUGACUUUCCAGAGUGCGGCAGCCGUGCGGACCACUUGCGUGACUGCUUUGGUCGCCGUGGGUCGCUGCCCCAGCGGGCGCGCGGCGCGGCCUCUGCUCGGCGCUGAUUGGGGCAGGAAGCACACCAUGCAGAUGCAUGCAGCGGCCGAGCCGAUCAGGAAGGAGACUGCUGCAGAGAGAAACCAGUGGCGUUGCGCCAAGGCAGGCGUCCAUUUGUGCGGCGCCAAGGGCAAAGACACCUACUCCUUCCGCAACUCGGUGCUGCGGAUGCUGAAGGUGCGAUGUCCCAAGGACAGUGCCGCUCGCCAGAAGCUGAUUGCUGGCAGCCUCGUCCUGUGCGUCGCGCGGAUGCGACGAGAACCUGACGACCACAACGUGCCGCUCGACUUCGAGGCAGCUGAGGUGGUGUGCUCGUGGUACCAUCUUGCUGUCCACUACUUGUCGCCAUUCCGACCCACGCUGCAAACCAUGCUCCGCCAAGAUUGGGAUGGCCCAGUCGUGAACUUGAAGGAUGCGGGUGUACAAUAUUGUUACCAGUGCGGGUUUUGA